AUGGGGAAGAGAAGAAGUUCGUCCGUGAACACAUUGUUCUCAUGGGUCCGAAGGCAAUCGACGAAGGCGAAGAUCUUCUUAGCCAUUACGGCAAUAAUUUCCGCCCUCGUCAUCCUCAAACAUUCCGUUCAAAAUUACAAUAAUUUCUUCAUAGCCGCUGAAUCCGUUCACGCUGCAGGAAUUUUUGUUCUAAUUUACAAGCUCAGUACCCUAAAAACGUGUUCAGGCCUUUCGUUGCAGACACAAGAGCUCACGGCUAUCGUUCUAGCUGUUCGGAUUUCUUGUAGCCCCGUUAUUGGAUACAACGUCCACACUGUUCUCGACAUUGCUGCAUUCGUGGCUACUGCUUGGGUAAUUUACAUGAUGCGGUUUAAGCUAUACAAAUCAUACAACGAGCAUCUCGACAAAACAUCCAAAUCUUAUUUGUUGAUUCCUUGCGCUAUCAUGGCCGUAUUUGUUCACCCCAACAGUGUUAUUCCUCUAUUCUCCAAGAUGAAGUGGGCAUUUGGUGUGUACUUGGAAGCCAUUGUAGUGUUUCCUCAACUUCGAAUGAUGCAAAGAACAAAGAUGAUCGAACCAUUUACUGCCCAUUACGUGUUUGCAUUAGGAGUGUCGAGAUUUUUUGGGGCUGCUUAUUGGAUUCUACGGGUGUAUGAAUCUACUGAAGCGUAUCUGUUCUUACUUGGACGUGGCUACUUUUGGGUCCCGAUGGUUUUGGUAUCAGAGGCUGUUCAAACAUUCAUAUUGGCAGAUUUCUGUUACUAUUAUGUUAAGAGCAUCGUGAGCAGCAAUCUUUUGGUGAAAGUGCCACAGGUCUAA